AUGAGCGCAUCACCCACCAACAACGGCAGCGCCGCCGCAGCAGCAGCAGCACCCACAUCCGUCAACGAAGCGCGCGACCCCUCCGGCUUCCUCAGCGAAAUCAUCGGCGCACCCGUCACCGUCAAGCUAAACUCUGGAGUCGUCUACAGAGGUGAAUUGCAGUCGGUUGAUGGAUACAUGAACAUUGCGCUUGAGCAAACGAAUGAGAUUGUGGAUGGCAAGGUCAGGAGGAACUAUGGAGAUGCGUUUGUGAGAGGAAACAACGUCAUGUACAUCUCCGCCGACUCAUAG